CGGCCGCCGCCCCUUCAGCUGCCGCCGCCACCGCCACCGCCAGCGCCGCCUCUUCGUCCGCAAACCCUAGCGCGCAUUGCAUCCCCCAGCCCAGCCCCGCGGAUCUGGAGAGGAGGCGCGCGCCGGCGUCCGCAUGUCGCUCUUCCGCAAGUUCUUCUACCGCAAGCCCCCCGACGGCCUCCUCGAGAUCACCGAGCGGGUCUACGUAUUCGAUUCGUGCUUCUCCACCGAUGUCUUCGACGACGACGACAGGUACCGGGUCUACAUCGGGGACAUCGUGGCGCAGCUGCGGAGCCACUUCGCGGGCGCCACCUUCAUGGUCUUCAACUUCCGGGAGGAGGACGGGCUGGGCCGGCCGAGCCUGCUGGGGGGCAUCCUCUCCGCCUACGACAUGGUGGUCAUGGACUACCCGCGCCAGUACGAGGGCUGCCCGCUCCUCACCAUGGAGAUGGUGCACCACUUCCUCCGCUCCGCCGAGAGCUGGCUCUCCCUCGCCCACCACAACGUGCUCAUCAUGCACUGCGAGCGCGGCGGCUGGCCCGCGCUCGCCUUCAUGCUCGCCGGCCUGCUGCUCUACCGCAAGCAGUUCAUCGGCGAGCAGCGCACGCUGGAGAUGGUCUACAAGCAGGCGCCGCGCGAGCUCAUCCAGCUGCUCACGCCGCUCAACCCCAUGCCUUCGCAGAUUAGGUACCUGCAUUAUAUUGCCCGCAGGAACGUCAGCUCCGACUGGCCGCCGGGUGACCGGCCGCUGACUUUAGACUGCGUGAUACUAAGGAAUGCACCGGGAUGUAAUGGGGAGGAUGGGUGUAGACCCAUAUUCCGUAUCUAUGGCCAGGAUCCUCUCUUCAGCACAGAUGACAUUCCCAAGGUGCUCUUUGCAACACCAAAGAGGAGUAAAUACGUUCGCCAUUACAAGCGGGCAGACUGCGAACUGAUCAAGAUCGACAUCCACUGCCAUAUCCAAGGAGAUGUUGUCCUCGAAUGCAUUAGCACGGACGCCGCUCAAGAACGGGAGGAGAUGAUGUUCAGAGUUAUGUUCAAUACAGCAUUUAUCAGAUCCAACAUUCUGAUGCUGAACCGUGAUGAAAUCGACCUAAUGUGGGAUGCCAAGGAUCGAUUCGCAAAGGAAUUCAGAGCCGAGAUUCUCUUUUCAGAAAUGGACACGCCAGAUGAAUUAGAUCCCAUGGAGAUGAUGGCAGGUAUAGGGGAGAAGGAGGGCCUGCCGAUUGAAGCAUUUGCAAAGGUUCAAGAGAUGUUCAGCAUUGUGGACUGGUUAGAUCCCAAAGGGGAUGCCGCAGUCCAGUUUUUCCAGCGGCUAACUACGUAUGAAAAUAUACAGAUGAGGCAGGGAUUGGUCUCUCCAAGCAACAAAGCUUCAAUCAUUAGAAAAGAAAUAGGCCAAUUGGAGCUUCGUUCUCCAACCAAAAAUGAAACUGGCAUUGCUCGAAACAAAGCCGAACACUCGGCAGUAUAUAUGAACAAACAGGAUUGUGAUGGCAUACACAAUUUGGUCUCUCAAGGAAAAUCUCUUGUUCACGAGAAGAUAAGCUCUCAAGUUUGCAAGGAAAUAACACAUGUAGUGGACAUAAAUACCACACGGUCGUCUUCACUCGAAAAGCCAGACGAGGAGUGUGGUGCAGUACAGUGCUCUUCACCCACUAUGAUCAUGUCACAGCGGUUUCCAGCUUCUAGAUCAAGCUCUGCUCUUUCUAGCAACUCAUCUCCUAGAUCACUUUCAGCUUUCCCAAGAUUUCAUAGCGUACCUUCAGCCCUUGGAAUUACAGCUUUGUUGGAAGAUCAUGCUGCAUUUGGAGGUUCUGAAAAUUGCAGUUCAACCGUCGUUUCGCCCACAAUAUCAAAUUUGUCAAGUGCCACAGUCAAAGCUCUGCAUCCAACAAAAGGUACUCCAGUUUUAACAAAGGGUGCACUUCCACCAACUUCUGGGCCAUCAGAGCCGGUGCUGUUGGUGGCAUCUGAGGCCAUUAUGAUGUCUGAUGCAAAAGACUUUCCUGAACCAUCCGAAAAGCAUUCAGGUCCUUCAUUGUUGCCCCAGCCAUGUCAGCCACAUGAAAAUUCUACAUUACCAUUAGCUGGAAGUACUACUCUCUCCACAUACCAUCAGCGGUCCUCAAGUAACAGCACAAAAGAAUCAUCACCAACUUCCCCCGCUCCCCAUCCACCUCUAUUUCCCACUUUGUCGACACCUUCCAAUUCUACAAGUAUUCAUUGUCGGCACCAAGAUUCCCUGCUUGCCACUACCUCGACUUCAUCCAGACCUCCAGCACAGCGAUCACCUCCACCUCCAUCCACUACAGGGUUUUCUACUGUUGGAUCUCCCUUAUCGCCCCCGCCUCCACCUCCAGCUUCUGCUCCUACAUCUCCCAUUGGACUAUCAUCUAAGUCCUCUAUCAGUAGACCUCCUGCACCCCCUCCACCUCCGCCAGUUGCUUCUACUUCAUAUGUUGUUCAAUCUGCUGCACCAGCUGCACCUCCACUUCCCCCACUUUCUUCUACUUCAUCUCCUGUUGGACCUGCUGCACAACCUCCACCACUUGCUUCUACAUUAUCGGCUGUUCGACCUCCUCCACCACCUCCACCUCCACCACUUUCUACUUUGUCGGCUGUUCGACCUCCUGCACCACCUCCACCUCCACCACUUUCUACUUCACCCGCUGUUCGACCUGCUGCACCACCUCCACCUCCACCUCCACCACUUGCUUCUACUUCAUCUACUAUUCUGCCUCCUGCACCACCUCCACCACCUUGCCCAACAUCAUCCGCCAUUAGAUCUUCAGCACCACCUCCGCCUCUGCCUCCAGGAAUUGCUUCUACGCCACCGCCACCACCGCCACCCUAUCAUUCACCAAAACAGUCAUCCAGUUCUACGGGCAUGUCAUUGCCAUGUCCUACUGCUCCACCACCACCUAAUGCUCCAAGUUUCUCAAAGGAUGCCCACCAUCCUACUCCACCAGCACCUCCUGGUGUUAAUGCUAAUCUUUUUGGUGCCAAGGGUCGUGGACCUGCACCUCCUUCGGGUCCAAUGUCUAAGAGCCUUCAAUCUGGUCAGGCUAUGUCCAGAAGGUCCAAUUUGAAACCACUACACUGGGUGAAAGUAACAAGAGCGAUGCAGGGCAGUCUCUGGGCCGAGGGACAAAAAACUGAUGAUGUUUCAAAAGCCCCAGUGUUUGACAUGUCAGAACUAGAAAAUCUUUUCUCAGCUGCUCUACCAAAAGAUUCUAGGAGUUCAGAUAAGUCAGGAAGUCGUGCAUCUGGGGCAAAACCUGAGAAAAUUCAUCUUAUCGAUCUUCGUCGAGCUAACAAUUGUGGAAUCAUGCUUACAAAAGUCAAAAUGCCCCUUCCGGAACUAAUGAGCGCUAUUCUUGCUCUGGAUGAUUCUAUCCUAGACGCUGAUCAGGUGGACAACCUAAUUAAGUUCACUCCAACUAAAGAGGAAAUAGAACUUCUGAAGGGUUACAAAGGAGAUAAGCAAGUACUUGGUGAAUGCGAAAAGUUCUUCAUGGAGCUUAUGAAAGUACCCCGUGUGGACUCUAAGCUGAGAGUUUUCUCAUUUAGGAUUCAAUUUCGUUCUCAAGUUUCUGACCUUAAGCGGAACCUGAACAUCGUUAACUCCUCUGCUGAAGAGAUAAGGGGUUCUGCGAAGUUGAAAAGGAUUAUGCAGACAAUCCUUUCUUUGGGAAAUGCAUUGAAUCAAGGCACUGCUAGAGGUUCUGCUGUUGGGUUCAGGUUGGAUAGCUUACUCAAACUAAGUGAUACCCGUGCACGUAACAAUAAGAUGACCUUAAUGCAUUAUUUAUCCAAGGUGCUUUCCGAGAAACUGCCAGAACUUCUUGACUUCCCUAAAGAUUUGGCUAGCUUGGAGUUGGCAGCAAAGAUACAGUUGAAGUCAUUAGCAGAGGAAAUGCAGGCCAUAAACAAAGGACUCGAGAAAGUGGAGCAAGAACUAACUAUAUCUGAAAAUGAUGGCCCUGUGUCGGAGACCUUUCGCAAGACACUGAAGGACUUUCUCAGUGGUGCUGAAGCUGAAGUUAGGGCAUUGACUUCACUUUAUUCUAAUGUGGGCAGGAAUGCAGACGCAUUGGCACUUUAUUUUGGAGAAGAUCCGGCACGUUGUCCAUUUGAGCAAGUGGUGACAACGCUCCAAAACUUUGUGAGAUUGUUCACACGUUCCCACGAAGAGAAUUGCAAGCAGUUGGAUCUUGAAAAGAAGAAAGCUCAGAAGGAGGCGGAAACGGAGAAACCUAAGAGUGAAUCGGAAACGGAUAAAGUUAAUAGGGAAUCUGAAAAUGAGAAAGCUAAGCUCAGCCAUUCAAUCAAAGAGCUAGACAUCUCACUUCAAUCACAAGCACAAACUGCCAGUGCCAAGUGAUGACCCAAUAUUUUUAAUCUCAAUGAACCUGGUGCUUCCCCUCUGGCAGGUGCUUGCUGGAUAUGUCUAUUGCCCUUAGUUAUCAGGGAUGCAAGUAAACCUGCCACAACAGGAAGGCCAUUGAUGCAUCGUGAUACUUCUAAGUUCUAACUGAGGGAUUCCCGGACAAAUAUCAUACCUGGCGGAGAAGCUGCAUAGUUUUAACAAAAUGAUAGGUUUUCCUUUUGGGUUCUAGUAGUGUUGGCCAGUAGUACCCUUACAGUUUUAUUAAUUUAUAUGUAGUUAUUAUAAUGUUCGGCAAAUCUGUAAAAUAAAGUUUUGGCCAAUAGAAAGGGUUAUCUUCUCGGGGGGGUAAAUAGAAAUGGUUGUUGAUGUUAAUUUAGGCAAUAGAGCUUGUAUAUCAUUUCUUUAGUCUGUUUGGCCAGCGCCUUGUACAAAGUGUUCAAAUUUUGGAUAUUAUAUGCUGGAUGCAGUUUUUUUU